GCUGACGUGGACCGGGCCGCUGGGCCGAGCCCAGCGCUGAGGAGAGCAGCGGCCGCUGCGGUGGAAGACCGGCGAGCGAGGCGGGCGGAGGGGGGAUGGCGGCGCGGCUCGCUGCGCGCGGGGGACCGGGGACUGCCGGGCGGUGCCCAUGGCUGCUGCUGCUGGCGCCGCUGCUGCUGGCGCCGCUGCUGGCGCGGCCCGCCGAGGCCCUGGUGGAGGGGCUGUACUGCGGCACCCGCGACUGCUACGAGGUGCUGGGCGUGAGCCGCUCGGCCAGCAAGGCGGAGAUCGCGCGGGCCUACCGCCAGCUGGCCCGGCGCUACCACCCCGACCGCUACCGGCCCGAGCCGGGCGAUGGCCCCGGGGGCGCGCCGCCGAGCGCCGAGGCUUUCCUGCUGGUGGCCACCGCCUACGAGACGCUCAAGGAUGAAGAAACACGGAGAGAUUAUGACUACAUGCUGGACCACCCAGAAGAGUACUAUAGCCAUUACUACCACUACUACAGCAGACGCCUAGCCCCGAAAGUGGAUGUUAGGGUGGUGAUUUUGGUCACUGUGUGUGCCAUUUCAGUGUUUCAGUAUUUCAGCUGGUGGAAUAGCUACAAUAAAGCAAUCAGCUACCUAGCCACAGUACCCAAAUACCGCAUCCAGGCAACAGAGAUUGCCAAGGAGCAGGGACUGCUCAAAAAAGCCAAAGAGAAAGGGAAAAACAAGAAGUCCAAAGAAGAAAUCCGUGACGAGGAGGAGAGCAUCAUAAAGAACAUUAUAAAAAGUAAGAUAGACAUAAAGGGGGGCUACCAGAAACCCCAAGUACGUGACCUCCUCCUGUUCCAAGUCAUCCUCGCUCCUUUCCACCUGUGCUCGUACAUAGCUUGGUACUGCCGCUGGGUCUAUAACUUCAGCAUCAGAGGCAGAGAGUAUGGGGAGGAGGAGAGGCUCUACCUCAUACGCAGGUCUAUGAAGAUGUCCCAGUCUCAGUUCGACAGCCUGGAGGACCACCAGAAAGAGACGUUUCUUAAGCGGGAGCUGUGGAUAAAGGAGAACUACGAGGUCUACAAGCAGGAACAAGAUGAAGAAUUAAAGAAAAAAUUGGCGAACGACCCUCGAUGGAAGCGGUACCGGAGAUGGAUGAAGAACGAAGGGCCUGGACGGCUGACGUUUGUAGAUGACUGAGGAUUAAUGGAAUGCUGCUGUCCCAGACCUAACUGCGACACUGUUCUCAUGGCAGUUGUUCGAGAGGUGCCUGCUGCCCUCAGCAGUAACUGCGGUUCACGAGGACAUGAUCAAACAGAAUGAUGUAGAAAUCUCAACUUUCCCAUAAAACUUUAUACAGAAGACAUUUAUGAUGGUUCAAUUUUUAUAAUCUAUUUGUGGAUUUUGUUAAAAAAUAUUUGACAUGGGGAUUUAUUAGUUGCCAUUUAAAAUUUUUAUAUGUUUAGUUAAAUUUGACAUGAAAUUUAUUAGAUACCAUUUAAAACUUCUGUGUGAAGUGUUUCUUCUUCAAGGGUAUUUCCUUAUGUUUUCAUAAUGCUACAUUUUUCUGCUUUCCUGGUCUAUACUUUUACAAAACAACAACAAAGAAAUGACAACAGCACUUGGUCAUAUUAUUGUGUCUUUGUGGACACACGUUUCUUCAGGAGAGCCAUUCAGUGUCAUCCUGUCCUUACUGUAGUCCUUACAGGUUGAGUAUGCUCACAGUAAUCUCUAGGAGAGUCUCUAGAAUCUCUGCAGUCCCCACUAACUACUCUUGAUAAGAUCAGAAACUCUCCAGGAGAGUGACCACCGUCACGUCCUUGUGGGAUGUGCUCGAUUACAGUCUCAUUAUAGGACUGUUUUCUCAAACAUUUCUGCAGAAGGGACCUUGUGAAAAGGUCUUUUGUACUACCACCUUGCUGCUUGCUUGCUUGCUUAAUUAUGAAUUACUUGUGUGGUGAAAAUGUGAUGCACAUGAGGUCAUUUACAUGAAACUAGAAAGAAGAUAAACAUGGCUGUGUGCCAUUCUCUCUGCCGUUAGAGUUUAAGUGUUUUUUAUACAUGUGGAAGUAAAAGUAAAUGACAGAAUUGACUGAAUCAAACCUGAUACUAUAUCAAAGUAUUGCAUUUAUUUAUAUGCAGUACUCCUGUUAAAGGUUUACCUUACUGCUUCAUAUUAAUAAAAUGGAUGUGAUAUAUCAUGCUGCCUGGUAGGCUAUUUAAAGAUUAACAUUGCCUUUCUAACAUAUAAUUUUAAAAGAUUAAUGUAAUAUAGUAGAUGUGCAGGAUUUAUUUCUAAGUCAGGUAAAUUAGGGUAGCUCAGUUGGUAAAGUACAGACAGUGGGGAGUGACUUUAGUGUCCCCCAACACCUGCCGAUCUUAUGUAAACAGGCACGGUGGCAUCCUCAAACAAGAAAACCUGUCUCACCUGAAAAUGAAAGUCCAGCUUCUCGUCCACACACUUGUGCAUCUGCACACACAUGCACGCUGGCACACAAGCUCAGUCCAAAUAAAUGGCAAAUACAGAGUGCCAUCCUUGCCAGCAGGGAAAAGACUUGAGGCCACAGUUGCUAAUUACAAAAAGAAAAUUUGGUCAGGCUGUCAGUAGGGGUCUUUGCAGCUCUGGAAUUCUGAAAUGAUACUGUUAUUUAGAGUUCUAUGAACUUCAGUUGGAAAUGUUUUAUGCAUCAUUCUUCUUUAGGGCUGCGGAGAAUCAUAUAAUAGCAUACAUUGCUGGUUAUUAUCUGUGGACAAAUUUGUAUCGUAUAAGGACCAGAAAGACAUACCAGUACUCGUGUACUUCAACAUUGUCCAAGGUCUCUGAUCGCCUGUGUUUCUUCAGUUUCAUUUCUAUUACUGUGACAAGCACCCUAACAAAAAGCAACA